CGCUUCGCAUGCAGCGGCUGGCUCCAUCUGACGGUUAGCCCGACAUCCGACGUCAUGGAGGUGUCGUUGAAGCACCUGGAAGCGCACAUACCAUACAAUGACAUUGAGCUUCCGGACGAGUGGAAAGCCUAUAUCGAGAAGCAGGCACUCCAUCAGACGCCUGGCGAGGUGAGUUUCGGCUGUACCUGUCAUGGAUAUCGAGAUCUGACGACUGUUACCCGACAGAUCUGGUCGCAUAUCGUCGAGGUUGAAGAUCAGCGAGGCGGUCCGGGCAUAAGGUUCAAGGAGAAGUCGGUGUACUACCAUUGGCUGGUUGUAAGCAGGAAGGAGUGGCGGCUAGCGGACACUCCGCUUGCGUCUGCGGAGAAGUUCUUGAAGGACAAAGGCGAGAAACAUGGCGUCGAGCGCAUGGAGGUCGAACCAGAACCAGGAACGGAGGUGGUCGCGUUUUACGUCAAGGAGUUCAUCUCUGAAUGGGCGGCGCACACGCAGGAGCUGGCCAUGGACUCGACGUGGAACACUAAUGGUGGGAAUUUCGAGCUCUUUGCCGCUGUCGCCUCCGACGCAAAUGGCUCCGGGAUACCACUUGCCUUCAUGUUCAUUUCCACGACAAAGGAUGCCGCACCAGGUGCCAAACGCGCCGUUCUUGAACGAUUUCUCGGCAAUCUGAAGGAUCUCGGUGUUCAUCCGGAGUUCACCCUUACCGACAAGGACUGGUCAGAAAUCGGGGCUAUGCGCGUCACCUGGGACACCGCCAAGCAUCAGCUGUGUUUCUGGCACGGCUUGCGUGCCGUCAAGCAGCGCCUCGUCAAAAACAAGGACACGCCUGCAUCAUACGAUGCCGAAGAGGCUCACCGUCAAUUCUCAUUCAUAGACGUCGCGUUUGUGCCUGCCUCGCAGCAACCGCCUGGGAGACCAGUACGUAUCCCGCGCUCUCAGGCUACCUAUUUACGGCAGGAAUGA